AAACAAAAUCGAUUACUUUAAUUGACUUUGUUUCAAGAUAUUCUUAUCAAGGCUCUACGGUUCUUAUGAAAAUAUCGAAGGAGGAUCCACUGAUGAGGCACUGGAGGACUUCACCGGAGGUUUAACUGAGGUCUACCGUUGGCAAGGAUUGGAAGAGGAGGAAGCGAAGAUUGAACUCCUCGCUAUUAUCAUCAGAGCCGCUCCAGAAGCAACGGAAGGUGAGGAGUUGGAAAAUGGCCUUUAUACUGCACACGCGUACAGUCUCAUGUCUCUUCAUACCGUGGAAGAUUAUAAUGGAAAGACUCCAUUUCUGAAAAUUAGAAAUCCGCAUGGGGAAGGAGAAUGGAGAGGAGCGUGGAGUGAAAACUCAUCGGAGUGGGAUAACAUAGACAGACAAACGCAGUUGGAAGUUGGUGUGAACUCUAAUGAAGAUGGGGUAUUUUGGUACGUGAUAUAA